AUGAAGGUUCAAAACAACUGGGAAAUUGGAAUUGUGGACUAGAUGAAGGGACAGAUCUGUGGAAAGGCUGAUGGGGAAGUCGGACAGGAAUACCAUACACCCAGUGGACGCCUGACCAAUAGCCCAGUCAGCUUCGCCCAUUCCUGGGUGCUUCCUUCCGAAAACUGCCGUGACAAGUCUGAAUGUUGCAUGAAGAUCGAGUCUGUAAAGCUGGAGAAGCAGGUGAUUGUUGAUGGCAAGGAGUCCAAAUGCUAUGAGUAUGUGAUGCGCUGUCUGCCUGGCUGCCUCCCAGUGAGGACCAUCCCUGUCACCAUUGGUUUCCACUGCCUCCCCACCGUAUCUGAUAUUUCAACUUGAAUGGGUCUGAGCAACAUCUAUGAUAAGAGUGUGGACCUGAGGGAGACUGCAGAAGACCAUUUGGUUUGUCGCUGCACUGAACAGUGCUUAAUCUCAUUGUCAUCUUUGCCACAAACACAGUUCUCUUUUAUUUCACCAAUUUUCUGA